GUCUAUCAUCACAUUCCCUCUCAAACUCUCCUCUUUCAAUUCCUUUGAAUAUCUUCUAUAUCUUCUACUUCUAACGUAGUAACAUCUCUUCAUAGUUUCUCCCACUUCUUGUGUGUUUGCUUCAACAGCUAACACAUACAAUAAAGAUUAUUUAAGAAAUAUGAAGAACAUUCUCUUACUUGGAGUUCACACAUUGUUCACCAUCGCAUUCCUCAUCAUAGUUGCUCCAAGCUACUCUUCUCAUCGUCAUCAAGAAAGCCAUAUGUACCCGGAGAAUGUAGCAAAGGAAGAGGUUGGGAUGGAGCUAAACCCAACUGGUUCGAGCCUGCCAGACUGUUCCCACGCAUGCGAAUCGUGCUUUCCAUGCAAGAGGGUGAUCGUGGGAUUCAAGUGCGCAACUGAGUCAUGCCCAGUUGUUUACAAGUGCUUCUGCAAUGGAAAAUACUACCAUGUACCUUCCAAUUGAAGCGAAACGCCUCGAUCUUGUAGGCCUAACCAACUAGCUAGCUAGCAGUGCUGGUGGUUUUCGAAUUUCUGAUAAUGUAGUCGCUGAUCAUUUAUUAGUCUGAGCUUUCCUUUGUGGCCAAAACCUUCCGUUUUGUGCAUAAGAAGGGUGGAAAUUUAGGAGAACAAGUGGGGAGAAGGAUGAUGAGAAGUUCAGUUAGUAGGAGGAUAAAAUGAAAGUGCGCUUUUUUUUAUAAAAAAAAAAAAAUCUCUGAAAAUGUUUGGCAUCAUAGUUUGUGUUUAAUUUCUAUCUCGUGUGUGCAUUAUUAUUAUUAUUAUUUUUUUCAGAGAUAUAUAUCUUGUGUAUGUACUACGCUC